AUGGACGGUAAUGGGCAGCCUCCGCCGGGGGCGCCCCCUUCAGCUCAUCGGAACUCGGGUCCUUACGCGGCAUCAAUAUCCUCACAUGGCUCUGCGCCAGGCCACGCGCACGGCGCCGGUCCCUAUGCUGCUCCCGAUCAACAUCCAUUGGCGAACAUGCCUGCCUCUCCAGCAGUCAUGCAGGCGCACAUGAAUGGCAUGGGACAGCCGUUUCCGUAUCCAAAUGUGCCCUCGAGUGCAGGACCAGCUGGACUCAUGGCAGAUCAGUACAUGAACGACUCACCAGGAAUCUCACCGACGCAUGCUUCAGCAGCUGCGCUAUCCGCCCAGCAAAAGCGAGCCUACCGGCAGCGGAGGAAGGAUCCCAGUUGCGAUGCUUGCAGAGAGCGCAAAGUCAAGUGCGAUGCUACUGAUAUGUCGAGCUGCUCCGAGUGCUCGAGUCGUGGCGUCAAAUGCCAGUUCACCAAGGAGACCAACCGAAGAAUGUCGUCUAUCAAGCAAGUGCAGGACUUGGAGAAGCAGCUGUCAAUGGCGAAGCAGCAGAUCAACCAGCUACGAGGCAUGCUUCAAGACGGCGGAGCUUCGGAUGUCAAUGCCAACCCACCCAAUGUGCCAGCAUUACAAUUGCCUGAGACUACCGCAAAAGAGCGCCGUCCAGCUCCACCUGCCCUGGAAGCAUUCGACGAAGUGAGGAAGAACAUUCGUACGUACAGCAAGGGCAUCUUCAAACCACCGCCGCCUUACAGACAGUUUGGUCCACAGCCCACAUUCUCCAACGCGGCGCAUGCGCUGCCUCCCAAGCACGUCGCAGAUCGCUUGAUUGCACAUUAUCGUGGCUCUGUGCAUGUCUAUGCGCCUCACCUUCACUGGCCGACAUUCGUGCAGGAGUAUGAAGAGCUCUAUCGCACAGGAAGUUUUCAGCAAUGUCGGCACAUAUGGGUCGCCUUGUUCUACGCGGUGCUAGCAUGCGGGACCCUGAUGGAACCAGUAUCCAAAGAUACCAGUGAGGAAUCAGAGGGUGCUCAAUACCUCAACAAAGCAGUAUCAAGCGUCAAUACCUGGAGCGACGAACUUACUGUGGAUCAUGUUCGAGUGAGCCUGCUCUGCAGCAUCUACUUUAUGGAAAUGAACCUGAGAUCGCCGGGAUGGGUAUGGCUCGGAGCAGCAGUGAGGAUCUCGCAAGAUAUAGGACUGCAUACGGACAACGGGCCAUAUCCACCACUGGAGACGGAAAUGCGCAGGCGAGUCUGGUGGAGCGUUUACAACUGGGACAGGAUCAUCUCCCUCGAAAUCGGCCGACCUCUUUUGAUCGACGACGACGACUGCGACGUCAGCGAGCCUGUGCCUGUGGACGAUGAUUGUAUAAGGCCGACCGGCAUCGUCAUGCCUCCUCCGGGCCAGACCAUUCCCAGCGGCCUGCUCGCCGUUAUUCCAGUUGUUCGUACAACUGCACAAGUCAAAAAGUGCUUCAAGUCUCCGACUGUUGCUGCCUCCACUCUGGCUAUGUGCGACGAACAUUUCAAAUCCAUAAUGGCAUCUUGGCCGGAUCCAUAUCCCAUACAAUCUCAAGCGCCUCUUGACCCACGUCUUCUCACCGCAGGCUGCAGUCUCCAGACACAACGCUUCUUUCUGUACAGGCACAAUCUGUCUCCCGCCUGUAGACAAAGCGAGAGGCGAGAUGCGCUGGACAGGUGUGUGUCAGUGGCUCAGGAUACAGCGCAUUACGUUCAGAGGACUCUGCAACAUCCAUCCACAUCGCCGGGUCAAGGAUAUCUAUCUCCAGGACAUAUGGCCAACUGGGCUGGUCGCGUGCGCACUAUGUGUCCUGCGUUCUUCUGCACGCAUCUUUGGCGAUGCGAACUGGUCCUGUGUUUGCGAGGUGAGUUUGCCGCCGCAUUGACACUCAGUCACGUCUCGGCGGCGAUUGGGGAUCUGCGAAAGAACAAUGUCGGCUGCGGCCGUUUCCUGGCUUUCUUUCUCGACAAACUCAUCGGACGGCUACGGGCAGGAGCCAGCUUUCAAAACCUGGAGUUAGAUGAAGAGAUGCUCGCAUAUGCCAGCGGAGACAUGCAAGGAUGCGCCGAUGACGCAUGGGCUUGGACCGGCAGCGAGACUGGUUCAAAGCUUCAUCAGCCACAAGCUAUAGUCAACGGCACAGGUGGUGGUGAGAAACCUGCUCUGCAGGCCGAGCAACUAUCGACUAGCACUUUGUCGGACCGAGAAGUGCAGGAAUGGGGUGGGUGGGAGCACAUCCAGCGGACACUGGACCAACUGCUUCAGGACCCGCAAGGCCAAGGACAAGGACAGCCUCCUAGGCUACAAUCGCAGCAGCCUCCCAAUCAACAAGCACCAGGCACCUAUCCGCCACCCCCUCCGCCUCCUCAGCCAUCGAGCCUCGGUCCACCACCAUUGCCUCAGCCAGGCUCUCAGUCGCCGAACCCGAAUGCCAACAGCAACGGGAGCAGUAGCAAUGGAAAUACCAAUGGUGCCGCUGGUAGAAUCAGCAUCCAAGACAUAAUGUGA